AUGCAAUGCACCUUCAGGGCCUUCGGGAGCACCGUUCCCAUGCCCCUUACUCAUGACGGGCGGAGCCCUACAGAAGCACCUCGAACUGCCUUCUCUGCAGACUGCAUCGCUCCAUAUCGCCAGAAGUGCUCGAUCUCGCACUCGUAUUCCGAUCUCAAGAGCCCCGGGUUUUCUCCAGCUCACUACAGUGCAGAACAGUGCAGAACAGUACCAGAGAGGGCUCGUGCCUGUCCUCCUUCCCCCUCGCUGGCGGUUACACGUCCCUCCAUCCUUGGACCAACAACAAAGGGCCCGCGGCCGAGACCUCCCCGUCUUUUUCGUCAUAUGCUGUACGUACAGUACUGUACUGUACUGUACAGCUACGAAGUACAUCCCGCUCGCAUGUUGCUCGAACGCGGGUCACGGCUGUCUGGCCCUGCCAAGGGACAUGGCACGCGACCCGUAUCCCGUACAGUACUUCCUCCUUCCUCCGUACCCCGAACUCUCCAACUAAUUCGAGGGCAACAGACUGCCAAGCGCCCACACGCCCCCCCCUUGCCCACCAAGCCUCGACUCCGUUUCUUCUUCUUCCUCUUCUUCCACCGCCACCACACCACGGCCGCCCAAAGAGGACCGGACGACGAGCCCAGACAGUACCCUGGGCUCUACGUACAUGGAGCGGGUAGUCUUGUACAGUAUUAG